GUUGCUUUUCGCAGGAACCAAAGGAACUAAGAGAGCUAAACCUAAGUUUGCGUCAGAUUUUAACCAAGAGGAUGCUCAACUACUGAAAGUGAGCUUCCAGCCGGCUUCUUUCGAAGAUGUUAUUCCCUCCUUAAAGGGCUCUGCUCCGGCAGAAUAUCUUCUUCCGGAAAUCAAUCGCCAUAAAGUUGGACACCCAGAUUUUCAGAUUGACAAGCUCGAGAAGGUUUCGAAUCGAGUCAAAACGUUCAUAGAUAAAAUGCGUGAUGUGGUGGAGAAUGAAAAGGUAGCAACAGGUACAGACGAAUCUAAAACUGACACAUUGGUGGAUGAUCUGCUUCGUAUCCCCGACUUGAAUGUCUGGCCCUUAAAGAUACUAAUAAUCAUUAAAGAAAAGCCUUAUGUUUCAGCAGACCUCGAAUUUGUGGUUGCUAAUCGAAAAUUAAAUAUGGUGGCUGUAGAGGAUAAACAUAUUAAAAACAUCUAUUCGCCAAGUGGUUUUGGAGAAACACAAAUUGCCGCUAAUAUUAUUGCUUGUGGAGAUGAGAAUAUACGUGCCACCGAUAAUGAGGAACCUAUUGAUGAGACCAUAUUCGCUAUGCGCGUUCUUUCAACGUACGUGACAUUUUAUAAGGCAGAGAUCCCUGCAAAAUAUUGGGCCGAACUUAGUCGUGGUUUACCAAAAACGGAAGUUAUUGUUAAGAGAUGGCCAGGAGAAAAUGCUAAGCGGAAAGGUCUAGAUUUAGUGGAACCAAACGGGAGAAAAGCAGUGCUAGACGCGUUAGCUAACAUUCGUGAAUUUCUUCUGCGCCACGAACAACCUGAAAAGAGUGAUGAAAAUACACUGCCCGCAUCAAUGCUAAAUGCAUCGCUUAAAAAAGAUGAUGAAUAA